AUACAAAGAUGAAAGAGACAGAGUACAGAAGAAGACCUUCACAAAAUGGAUAAAUCAACAUCUGAUGAAGGUCCGUAAGCACAUAAAUGACCUUUAUGAAGACCUGCGAGAUGGACAUAACCUGAUCUCACUGCUGGAGGUCCUGUCUGGAGACACACUGCCUCGAGAACGAGGGAGGAUGCGCUUCCACAGACUCCAGAAUGUACAAAUUGCACUGGACUAUUUAAAGAGGCGGCAGGUCAAACUUGUAAAUAUAAGAAAUGAUGACAUCACAGACGGUAACCCCAAACUGACGCUGGGGUUAAUAUGGACCAUAAUUCUGCACUUUCAGAUCUCGGAGAUCCAUGUGACCGGAGAGUCCGAGGAAAUGACAGCCAAGGAGCGUCUUCUGUUCUGGUCCAAACAGAUGACUGAGGGCUACGUGGGCGUACGCUGUGAUAACUUCACAACCUCCUGGAGGGACGGGAGACUAUUUAAUGCCAUAAUUCAUAAAUACAGGCCAGACCUUGUCGAUAUGAGCCGUGUAUCAGCACAGACCAACCGAUCAAAUUUAGAGCAAGCAUUUUGUGUAGCAGAGCAGCUAGGAGUGGCCAGACUGUUAGACCCUGAAGAUGUAGAUGUCCAGUCUCCUGAUGAGAAGUCAGUCAUCACCUAUGUGUCCACCUUGUAUGAUGCCUUCCCCAAAGUCCCCGAUGGUGUCGAUGGAAUCAGCCCUAAUGAUGUGGACAUAAAAUGGGUUGAAUACCAGAACAUGAUCAAAUACCUCAGCCAGUGGAUUAAACACAAUGUGGCAGUAAUGAAUGACAGAGCAUUCCCCAACAGUCCUGCUGAACUUAAAGCACUUUAUUCACAAUAUCUUCAGUUUAAGGACAAUGAAAUCCCUAUAAAGGAAAUAGAGAAGGCAAAAAUUCAAAACUUAUAUCAAAUGCUUGAGGUGUGGAUAGAGUUUGGACGUAUCCAGUUACCCCCAGGGCACCACCCCAAUGAUAUCGAGAAGGAAUGGGGCAAAUUAAUCGUUGCAAUGUUGGAGAGAGAGAAGAGCCUGCGGCCUGAGCUAGAGAGGCUCGAGAUGUUGCAGCAAAUCGCCAACAGAAUCCAGCGGGAUUGUGUCAAUGGAGAGGAGAGGCUGUCUUUGGCUAAGGCUGCUCUACAGUCGGAUGCCAAGCGUCUUGAGUCAGGUAUCCAGUUGCUAAAUGAGGCUGAGGUGGCGGGCUAUCUUUUGGAGUGCGAGAACAUCCUCCGGCAACAGGUGGUGGACAUACAAAUCCUCCUGGAUGGAAAGUUCCCCUUCGCCGAUCAGCUUGUUCAGAGAGUCUCAAAGCUCCGUGAUGACCUGCUGGUUCUGAGGGCCGAGUGUUCAUCUGUGUAUAGCAAAGGCCACACCUUAACCAGCGAGCAGACCAAGAUGAUGAUCUCAGGCAUCACACAGAGUCUAAACGCAGGCUUUUCUCCAAACAUCCCCUCCCCUGCACUGGCUUCUGGACUCAGCGCAGGAGGACUGGCCACUCCUGGAUCCCCAUACACCUCUAACCUCAGCCCAUGCCUUUCUCCAGGUCUCCCACCUGUCUUAAGCCCAGGUCUGCAGUCUUCCCCAGUCCAGACCUUUAUGAGUGGCGGAGGGGGCAGUAUGGACACAGAUGGCUUCAGGCAUGUUAAACAGAUGCACAUACGAAAGCCCUUGUUGAAAUCAUCACUGGCCGAUCCAAGUAUGUCAGAAGACGAAGUCAACAUGAAGUAUGUCCAAGACCUGCUGACGUGGGUGGAGGAGAUGCAGCUGCAGCUGGAUCGUGCAGAGUGGGGCUCUGAUUUGCCCAGUGUGGAGACAUCCUUGGAUAACCACAAGAGCAUACACAGAGCCAUAGAGGAAUUUCAAACUAGUCUUAAAGAAGCCAAACUUGGUGAAGUUCAGAUGACAUUACCCUUGAAACUAAGUUAUUCAGAAAAAAUAAACAGACUUGACAAACAGUAUGACAGAUUAUUGAGUUCCUCCAGAGACCGACAAACUCACUUAGAAAGCCUGCACGACUUUGUAUCGAAGGCGACUCAGGAGCUAAUCUGGCUCAAUGAGAAAGAGGAGGAGGAGGUGGCUUUUGACUGGAGUGACCGCAACAGUAAUAUUUCUAAGAAAAGGGACUACCAUGCUGAUCUGAUGAGAGAGCUGGAUGACAAGGAGGAUGUGAUCAAGUCUGUACAAGACAAGGCGGAUCGGCUUUUACUCAAAAACCACCCUGCCAGGCUGACAAUAGAGGCGUACAGAGCCGCUAUGCAGACACAGUGGAGCUGGAUAUUACAGCUCUGUGCUUGUGUGGAACAGCAUUUAAAAGAGAAUGCUGUUUAUUUUGAGUUUUUCAGUGACGCUAAGGAGUCCAUGGAUUACCUUAAGGGCUUGCAGGACACUAUACAUCGGAAAUACAGCUGUGACCGAACCAGCAGCUUACACAGACUGGAUGAUCUCAUUCAGGAAUCUAUGGAUGAGAAAGAGCAGCUGCUUCAGUACCGCAGUACAGUAGCAGGACUGGUGGGCAGGGCCAAGAGUAUUGUUCAACUGAGACCUCGUAACCCUGACAACCCAGUCAGGUCCUCCAUCCCAGUGAAAGCCAUUUGUGAUUACCGCCAAAUAGAGAUAACGAUCUAUAAAGAAGAUGAGUGUGUACUGGCCAGUAAUUCUCACAGAGCCAAGUGGAAAGUCAUCAACCCCGCAGGGAACGAAGCAAUGGUGCCCUCUGUGUGCUUUACUGUGCCUCCCCCAAACAAAGAGGCCAUCGACGUCGCCACAAAGACGGAACAAUUAUACCAGAAUGUUUUGUCUCUAUGGCACCACUCUCACAUCAACAUGAGGAGUGUGGUCGCGUGGCAUCAUCUAAUGGCUGAUAUAAGGGCUAUCCAAAUCUGGAAUGUGUCUUCGAUCAAGACCAUGUUACCAGGAGAGCACCAGCAGGUCAUUCACAAUCUGCAAAUUCACUUUGGUGAGUUUGUGAAGGACAGUAAGGAGUCUGAGGUGUUCACUGUGGCUGACUGCGCUCAGUUGGAGAGGGAUGUGGCUGCCUGCAAAGAGUACUAUGAGGAGCUCCUUCGCUCUGCAGAGAGAGAGGAACACCAAGAGUCUGUGUACAACCAUUACAUCUCCGAGAUCCGUAACUUUCGGAUGCAUUUGGAGGCUCAUGAAGAACACCUCAUCAGACAGAUCCGGACCCCUCUGGAGAGAGAUGACCUGGACCAGAGUCUGCUGAGGAUCACAGAGCAAGAGAAGAAGAUGGCAGAGCUGGUUAAACUAAAGGAGGACUUUGAUGUGAUGAAGGACAAGUGUGAAGCCUUCAUCAGGCAGGCUGUGGGCUCCUCAUCUACCUCCACUCUGUCAUCUGAACUUACUGCCUUGGUGCACAGCAUGAACCAAGUCAACUCCAUGUCAUUCAUUUAUAUGGACAAGCUGAAAACUGUGAGCUUAGUGUUGAAACACAGCCAAGGUGCAGAACUGUUAGUAAAAUCCUAUGAAUCUAAGCUGUAUGAGGAGGAUGCCACGAACUCUGACCUCAAAUCCAUCGAGACAGUUGUUUCUAUUCUCAAGCAAUGGCGAACAGAGAUAGACGAACAGCAGGAGGUGUUCCACGACAUGGGGGAUGAGCUUCAGAAAGCCAGAGUCAUCAGUGACCGCAUGUUUAAGGCCCACAAUGAACGGGAUUUUGACCUGGACUGGCACAAAGAGAAAGCAGAUCAGCUCAGUGAAAGAUGGCAGAGCGUCCACUCACAGAUCGACAGCAGGCUCAGAGACUUGGAUGGCAUCAGUAAGUCCCUCAAACACUACAAAGAGUCUUUCAGCAGUCUGGAUGAAUGGAUCACAGAAAUGGAGACUGCACAGCUAAAGGCCCAAGAAAACAAGCCCGAGGACAGCAAGGCCCUGGCUGAAUUAUUAAACAAACAAAAGGUUCUUGUUGGUGAAAUUGAACAAAUACAGGGCCGGAUUGAUGAAUGUCAGAAAUACUCAGAGCAGUACUCCACAGCUGUCAAGGAUUAUGAGCUGCAAUUAAUGACAUUCAGAGCCAUGGUUGACUCUCAGCACAAAUCUCCACUGAAGAAGAGAAGGAUGCAGAGCUCUGCUGAUGCUGUUCAACAGGAGUUUAUGGAUCUCCGAACUCGCUACACUGCUCUUGUGACGCUCAUGACACAGUAUGUGAAGUUUGCCAGUGAAACUUUGAAGAGGACAGAAGAAGAAGAGCGGUCUGUUGAUGAGGAGAAGAGGGAGCAUGGUGACAAAGUUAGCAAACUGUUGCACUGGAUGUCCAAUGUGAAACCAAGUGCCAGCCCAGACGGCAGUGCUCGUAAAGAUAGUAAUGCCAACACAGGCACUUCGAAUAAGCCCCAGGUUUCAUUGGAAGACAUGGUCACUAAAAAAGAACAGAUUGCAGAAGCAGUGAGGAUCACACAAGCAAUGCUGAACAAACACAGUGAAAAAAUGACAGACGAGGAGAGAACAGAGGCCGAGCAGCAGCUAAAAGAGCUGAACCAGGCCUACAGCGAGCUCUCCCAGCACUGUGCGUCAUUCUCUGCAGAUGAGGUUUUCAAAUCUGGAAUUUUGAUUAAGACUGCACAUCAGAAUGACAACUCCUUAUCAAACCUUCAGGCUAUAAGUCUGGAUAAGCAUCGGACAGAGGUUUAUGAAAAUAUGGAGCAAUAUCCUGCUUUGCACCAAGAUCCCAGUUUCAAAUCAGCAGUGAACGCUCAAAACAAAUGCCUCCAGUCUGCAGACAUGUCCUCCGUGUUUCUUCCUGAAUUAGCAGCUACUUUGGGAGAAUCCACACAGGAAAAUCCUAUCCUUAAAACAAUUGAGCUCAAAGACAAAAGAGACGGAUUACAGAUGUGCUACACUGGAAAUACUCUAAGUUUAGAUGAGGCUCUUCAUACUGGUUUGAUCCCUGCGUCGCUCUAUAUAAAGGCAUUGCAACAGCAGAAGCACUGUCUGGAUUUGAAAAAUACCAGUGCUGUUAAAAAUGUUCCUGAGUCAGAUCCACAGGAGGUUCACUGCAUGAUAUUAAACUGCCUCAAAGGAAAUAAAUUAAUUAUGCUGGAUAGAAAUAUUUAUCCUCUUAAAUUAUCAGGCCAAGGCCAAAAUUUAGGAGAGGAACCUGGCCAGACACAGGACCAUAUCAUGCCUAAUGUAAAAGUGGAUGCUUCUGUCCAGUGUGAUCUAAUGAGUUCUAGCAGCUCUCUCAUUGUCCUCGGAAAUCAGUUUAUCGGAGUAGUGCUGCCUCCAUCUGGGGAAACUGUAUCCACCUCACUGCAUGUUGAAAAGGAAGCCAUCUUUAGCAGUAAGCUUUUUGGAGAUUACCAAAAAAUAGUCGCUUUUUACAUCCCAGAGAUUUCAGAGGUACUGGACAUUGAUUUAGCUGUUAAAAAGGGUUACAUUGACAGAUUUUCAGCAGAUAUUUUGAAAACAAUUGAGAUUCCAAAUGAGUUAUUGGGCAUUGAUAAUCUUAACAAAGAGUAUUCAUCUUGGCUCACGUACAUAAAACUGAGAUCAGAGGGACAGUUAGUGCCUUUACAACUGAAUUUUAAGAUACCAUCACCAUCAGAGGCCAAGCUACUGUUUGUGUCGUAUCUGAAAAUGAACACUUACAUUGACCCUAAAUCAGGACAAAGAAUUUUAAUACUGGACAAACAGAUGACAAACAUGAUCAAAAUCUUCCUUGAAAAUCCUUCGAUAUAUGAAAGUAUCAGUAAGACUUAUUUCACUGUUGAUACUGAAGAUUUGCCUUUAGAAAUCAAUGAGGGAGAAGAAAUCGAUGAAGAGGAGACUCAUUCCCAAAGUUAUUCCCAAAAUUUUGUGUCAUCAGCCAGUGGGAGUAUUAGCUUUAAUCAAAAUGAAAGAGACACCUAUUUGAAUCCAAUGUGGGCAGAUUUGAAUAACCGUACAGACACUGAUGAAGAAGUCAUUGCGGCACAGGAUUCAGAUUUAGAUGAGUUUGAGUAUAACCUGUCUAGCAGUACCUUACAUAAUCAGUUUGUGAAUAAAACUGAAGUUCAAACUAUUGAAACUACAACCGUAAUAUGCGCUAUGAACUGCUGUCCUCAAAAUGUAACUACCUCUCAGUUAUACCUGGAUGCCCAUAUGUUUGAGAAAAUAGAUUAUACACAGUCUGAAAAUCCCUGCGCUGUUGAGACUCACUAUGAGGAAAGAGAGAUAGAAGAUACAGUUUACUUUGUACAAGGACAAGGACAAGAUAAGGAAGAAGAUAUGUUGGAUACAGCCACUGAGGAAAAUUACACAGAGGAGAGUCUAAAAAAUAAACAAUUUAUGUCUCAUAGUGAUGUGGAAAACGUUAAAAGCACACAGGAUUUAGACUUUAACCAAAAUACACAGUCUGUAUAUAGCUCUAAGUUUACUCAUAACAUUACUGACAAUCAAAGUUACGAGAAAGAAAGUGAUGUAGUACCCAAAGAGGGCUUGUACAAUGACAGCACCCAAUCUAUUCUUUUUGAUCAAAAUAAAAUGCAUGUUAAUAGUAGUGAACAUUCUAAAGAAAAUCAACCUUGUAAGAACACUGAAGUCUUGAUGCUCGAGACUACACACAAAGAUGAAUGUAGCGAAAGCCAAGAAAGUGCUGCAUUGAUGGAGUAUGAGACAAGAGAAAGCACGGAUGAGAUAAGUAGAAAUCUAUACCCGGCCACUCCCUGCAUUAGCACUCCAGAUUCUGCUUACUCACUGAUGAUGUCACCCUCUCCUGGAAGUCACGUGACCGCACGGACUAUUGGUCAGACUGACAAAAGGCUAACACCGGAUGAAGGCAGUUUAUCGGAAGUUACAAGGCAAUCUCAGCCUCAAUUUAAUCCAAUCACGCAAUCAGCUUUAUCAAAUGAUAUUGCCAAUGAUGAAAAAGCAAAAAGACAGCUUGAAUGUACCCCACCUGAUAAUUUAGGUGAUUUCACUGCUUCUUUGGACCAAGCAGAACUAGACGUUGCUUCAUCUAAUGACCAUCUGUAUUUUGAGGAAGCCAGAACAGAUGAUGACAUGAACCCAGACCAGCCAAUGUUUCAUUUUGAACUCAUACAAGAUUACUCAUCACCAGGGGAUUUGGUUAAGGGUGUAAUUUCAGGCCGUAGCUAUGAUAACGGCAACAGCACAGUACAGCAAUGGGUGGUACCUCAUUCUGGAGAUAGUAAUGUUGAGUCUGUGUGCUCUGAAGAUGUUCACACUACAUUUGAAAGAGAGAUAGCAAAAACAGUUAAAUGUGCCUACUUUUGAGAUUUCUUACACGGUGCUAUAGAUCACGAGGAAGCAUCUGUUAAUACUGAAGUGAAUAAGUUGAUGGUUUCCACAGAUGAAAAAGAUAUUUUAAAACAAUAUACAAUCCAGCAACCUUCUUCAAAUAGUCAAACAGGGGGAGAUUUGGUUAAAAGUGUUAUUUCAGACAGCAGCUAUGACAAUAAUGUAGUUCAAAGCACAGUAUGUCAAUGGGUGAGUCCUGGAGAUAUUGUUGAGACUGUGUGCUCUGAAGAUGUCCAUAUUGUAUUUGAAAAUGAGAUGCAAAAACAGUUAAAGGUUCCUACUUCUGAUACUUCUAGUGCAAAUAUUUGUAAAACUAUCAAUGAAAACAAAGCAGAAGUCUUCAUUCCAAAUAGCACUGCAGAUGAUGAGGAAACCUUAAAUAAAAAUAGAAAUGUAGAGACGAAUACAUUGAGAAUUUCCCCAGAGCAGCAAGAAAAUGUCAUUUUUAAAAAUAAUUCAAUACAGGAACCUUUUUCAGAUAGCCAAACAGGGGGCAUGUUUAUUUCAAACAGCAGCUGUAAAAAUGACAAUGCAGAUCAAAGCACAGUGGAAAAAUGUGCUCUUACUCAUUCUGGAGAUAUUAACGUUAAAUCACGAUGCUCUGACAAUGUUCACAUUACUUUUGAAAGAGAGAUGCAAAAAGAAUUACGGGAGCCUACUCCUGAGAUUUCUUGUGCAAAUCUCAAAGAAGCUAUUAAUGAAGGCAAUGCAGAAAUCUUCACUCCUAAUACAGAUGAUGAGGAAACAUCCGUAAAUAAUGGCCUUGCAGAAAAUGUUGAUAUGAGUAAAUUGAGGAUUUCAUCAGAUGAGCAAGAAAAUUAUAUUAUAAAAAAUUUUUCAAAGCAACAACUUUUUUCAAAUAGCCAAAUCAUAGGCAAUACGGCUAAGAGUGUUAUUUCAGACAGCAGCUAUGAAAACAGCUCUGCAAAUCAAAACACAGCUAUAACUCAUGCUGGAGAUAAUAAUGUUGAGUCUGUGUGCUCCGAAGAUGUUCACAAACAGCUAAAGGUUCCCGCUCCUGCGAUUUGUAGUACGAGUCUAAAAGAAACUAUUGAUGAGAACAAUGUGAAAAACUACACUAAGAAUAGCUCUAUGGAUGAUGUCCAGACUCAUGAUAAGGAGACAUUUGUAAAUAACAGUCUUGCAGAAAAUGUUGAGGUGAAUGCCUUAGCGAUUUCUCAAGAUGAAAUAAAUUAUUCAAAGCAGCAACCUUUUUCAUAUAGCCAAAUAGAGGGCAAUUUGGUUCCUAAGCCUGAGAUUUCUAGUGCAAGUCUAAAAGAAACUGUUAAUGAAGACAAUGCAGAAAUCUUCACUCCAGACAGCACUAUGGAUGAGGAUGAGGAAACAUCAGUAAAUAACAGACCCCUAGAAAAUGUAGAAGUGAAUAUGUUGAGGAUUUUCCCAGAAAAGCAAAAAAUUUACAUUUUACAGAAGGACUCAAUGCAGCAACCCUUUUCAAACAGCCAAAUACAGGGUGAUUUUGUUAUUUCAGGCUGUAGUUAUGAAAAUAAUGCUGCAGAUCCAGGCACAGUGCAUCCAUGUGCUGUAUCUCAUGUUAAUGUUGAGUCUGAAUGCUCUGAAGAUGUUCACAUUACAUAUGAAAGAGAGCUGCAAAAACAGUUAAGGGGGGCUGGUCCUGACAUUUUCAGUGCAAAUGUCAGUGAAACUAUUAAUGAGGUAAAUGCAAAAAUUCCCACUCCAAAUAGCACUACAGAGGAAACAGUCAUAAAUAACAGGCCUGCAGAAAAUGUUGAAGUGAGUAUGUUGAGGAUGUCCCCAAAAGAGGAAGAAAAAGAUAUUUUAAAAAAUAUUUCAAUGCAGCAUCCAUUUUCAAACAGCCGAACGGAGGGAGGUAUGAUUAAGAGUGACAUUUCAGGCAUCAGCUGUGACAACAACAAUGCAGAUUCAAGCACAACACACCAAUAUGCUGUAACUCAUUCUGGACUUAUUGAAAGUGAGAUGCAAAAACAGUUAAAUGUUCCUACUCAUGAGAUUUCUAUCCUUAAAGAAGCUACUGGUGAGGACAAUACAGAAAACAAAACUAUGAAAAGCUCUAUAGAUAAUGCCCAAAUUAAUGAUAAAGAGAUAUUAAUUAACAGCCAAGCAGAAAAUGCUGAGGUGGAUACAUUGAUGAUUUCCCCAGAGGAGCAAGGAAAAGACACUCCAAAACUGAAAACUGAUUCAGUACAACAAACUUUUUCAAAUUGCCAUGUAGGUGAAGAAUUAAAUCAUGGAAAAUCAUGUGAACAGUCCAGUUCAAAUGAUUUCAAUCCUGUGCAAGUCAAUAAUAACUCAGACGUUCCUCUGUGUCUGCAAUCAGCAAAUGAAUGCUUGCAGGAUCAUAGUUCUACAGACAAUGUGAUCCCAUAUGUGGCAGACCAAGUGCAAAUGACUCAAGAAGAAAAUAUUGUCUGGGAGGAAAAUCUUGAAUUAAAGGACAGUGAAAACCUAGCCAAAAUGACAGAGAAGUCCAAUAUAAAAGAAUUAUCUCAAGAACAACUGGAGCAACCUGAGUCUGUACAUGACCACAAGGCUCCAAGUUUGAUACCCACUGUUUUGGAAAGUAAUGUAUUUGAACUAGAGAGCAACUUAAACAAGAGUGAUCACAGUGAAGACCCCAGUGCUCCAAAUAUCCAGUUACAGCUCCUGCAGGUUCUGAAGACUGUGUCCUCCAGUCAGGACCUAUCUGUGCUACAAGAGGUGAUGGACACAUUAAACAGUGCUCUGGGAGGAGAGAGGGAUGAGGAGACGGAGAGACACAGGCUAGACAGCAUUAAGGAGGAAGAGGAGGCCGAAGAUGAUCAACGUAUUAAUAAAAAGGAGAAGAGAGGUGAUUCUGCACUGUCUGAUAAUGAGAAAGAUAAGAGUAAAAUCCAAGAAGUUCAAAAUAAGUUAUUUUCCAUCCAAGAUUAUUUGGAAUGUGUUGGAAAGCUACAAGAUCACACUGAUGUCUUAGAUGAUAUUAAAAAAGAUCUCAACACUCCUAUAGCUAAAAACAUGGAGGACAUGCAGAGUCAAAUAGAGGAAUGUCAGAUUUUAAAGUCACAGCUAGCAGAGUUAGCAGAUGUUUUGACUGAGGACAUGAAGAAAGCCAAACAACUUUUAAGCUCUAGAGCGGUGGAAAUACCCAAACAAAUCCACCAAGACCUGGCCUCAACAUAUGCAGAUCUAGAACCACAAUUUACGUCAGUUUGCAAACUGUGUGCCGAGAGAAGUCAUUCACUGAUGGAUGCAGUGAAAACUGGAAAGGAACAUUUGGAAUCAGUCUGUGUUCAACAUGUCAAGGCUCUUAAGGAGCUUGCAGAACUUUUUAAAUACGACUCCCAAGUCCCGAACAUGGAUUUGAAUUUAUGUGAUUUGGACAAGCUGAAAGUUUUGAUCCAGCAAAACCAAGACUUUGUGAACAGUCUCCUAAAAGAGGGUCGCCUAAAGUUAGAGGACGUCACAUUUGAAAUCCAGAGCUUUCUCUCUGAGCACACUCAGUUCUUGAGUCCAGCUCACAGCAGUUACCUGCUCAAACUGCUCAGCUCCACUCAGAGAAGCUUCAGGGAGCAGGCAGAAAGGCUAUCCACUGAGAGGAGCUCACUGGAGCUUUUAGUGGAACAAAAACACAAAGAAAAUCAGGCACAGACACUACUUGAAAAACACAAGGAGUUUUCGGAGAAGCUGGAAGAAGUGUUUGAUAAUCUGACGCUGACAGAAAACCGUCUGAUUGGUCAUCAGCAGCAGGCAGGAAACACAGAGUCUGUGAGCGAGCUGCAGCAGUACCAGCAGGAGCACCAGGCUUUGCAAAAGGAUGUGUUGACAAAUGCCAGUGCUCUGAACGAGGUAGUCUCCAGCACAAAGAAGUUCCUUGAGGAAAACAGAAAUAAGUUGACCCCAGAUCAAAUUGCCCAAAUCGAAAACAAGCUGGAAGAUGCUAAAAGCAGAUCCAAGGUCAUCAAUCAGCGUGUUGAAGAUUCACGGAAAGACCUGGAGAAAGUAGUGACGUCUGCCAUAAAACAAGAAAGUGAAAAGGCCGCAGCGGUUGAACGGCUCGAGGAAAGCAGAAACAAAAUUGAAGGUCUUCUAGACUGGAUUUCCAACAUUGGGAAUGAGAAUAAGUGCAGCCCAGAUGAAACUGACCAUAUUAGCAAAGAGAAUUGUAAUGUGCGGGGUGGGACUGCGGCCAAAGAGAUGAUGGAGGAGGAUGAUGAUGCCAAUGGAAAUGCCCCACAGAGCCCUGAGCAGGAUCACAACUGGGAGAAUGGCCAGAGCAGUGCAUCCACAGAUUUGAACAAACAAUACGCAAAAGUCAAGGCACAUCACCAGGCUAUUCUGUCCCAGCAGCAGGACCUCCUGAUUGCCACACAGUCAGCUCAGGCCUUACUUGACAAACAGGCCAAUGUCUUGUCACCAGAGGAGAAGGAGAGAUUACAGAAAAACAUCCAGGAGCUAAAGGGACGAUAUGAGGCAUCUUUGACCCAGGCCGAACAGCAGAUGAAACAGCUGCAGUGUGUCCAGGAAGAGCUGAAGAAGUUUCAGGACGACUGUGAGGAGUUUGAGGCCUGGUUGGACCAAGCUGAGGAUGAGAAACAGAAACUAGAGACUCCAGCAGGUUCACUCAAUAUUCUUACUGAUAAACUGCAGUCUCAGAGAAACUUCUCAGAGGAUGUGAUAUCCCAUAAAGGAGACCUGCGUUUUAUAACUAUAUCAGGACAGAAAGUAUUAGAUGUGGCCAAAGCCUGCAUUGGAGCUGACCCUGCAGAUAAAAACUCACCUGUGCAUGUGGAUACUUCAGGGACCUCUGCUUCAGUUAAGGACAAACUGGAUUCUGCAGCCACUCGAUACAAGGCUCUCCAUGCACAGUGCAAUCAGCUUGGCAACAACCUCAAGGAUGUGAUUGACAAAUAUAAAAAAUAUGAUGAGACCAGCGCAGGCCUGCUCAAGUGGCUCAAUAGCUCCGAGGACGAGGCGAGAAAACAGCAAUCAGAGCCUAUAGCAGCUGAUCCACAAACACUGCAGAAGCAACUGGAGGACACUAAGGUUUUGCAAAAUCAGACCACAGGACAUCAAGCAGCUGUUGACACUUUACGUAAGACAGCAGAGUCUUUGAUUUCGUCUGAGGGGGAUCUGCUCAGCAACACAGAUGAGAUACAGGAGACAGUAGAUGACAUAGUGGAGCGUUAUGACAACCUUUCCAAAUCUGUAAGUGACCGAAAUGAGAAAAUCCAGAUCACUUUGACCCGCUCCAUGAGUGUCCAGGACGGUCUGGAUGAGAUGUUGGGAUGGAUGGAGCGAGUGGAGGCCAGUGUGAAGGAGAACAAACAGAUCCCACUGGACUCUGCCUCUUUGGCUGAUGCCCUCAGCAAAGAAACAGCUUUAGAGCAAGAUAUGGCAAGUCGUCAGAGCAGCAUCUCAGCCAUAAAAGCCAAAGUGAAGAAGUUUGCAGAGACCGCAGACCCAUCAGCCGCUGCCCUACUCCAGUCCAACAUGGACGCUCUCUCUCAGCGCUUCUCUAAUGCAUGUGAUCAACAAAAGGACAAAGUGUCCACCUUAGAACAACUCAAGAAAAAAGUGGAGGAUUUUGAGAAAGUAGCAGAUAAAGUCCAGCAGUUUGUCGUGAAACGGUCACAGGAGCUGCAUGAAACCGAUGGGCCUGGCAAAACAUUCACUGAGCUGUCUGGAUUAAUGCAGAAUACCAAAGCAGAGAUGGAGGAACAUUCGCGUGAUAUGGAGAAGCUGCAGAGUUUGUCCAAAGAACUGUGUGAACUAAGCGCCGAUGGAAACAGAGCCCAGAUCCAGAGCAAGAUGGAUAACCUCACAAAUACCUUCAACUCUUUCAAAGAUACUGUCCAAGAAAAGGAAGAGGAAGUGUCAUCUUGCCAAGACCAGCUUGGAGAAUUUAAAGCUUUAUCUGGUGCUCUCACAUCAUGGCUGGAAGAAACUAAAGACAAAGUCCCUGCAAUGGACCCAGGUCGCAGUGAGAAGAGUCUGGAGAAAGAUCUGCAGAUAGUCACAGAACUUUUGGAUGAGUGGACUUCAAAAGGCUCUGAUGUGCAGGACAUGAACAGCAAAGGCUCUGCACUUUGUAGCUUCAUCACUUUCCUUACUUCACCUGCCAAGUCAAAGAAUGCCAACAAAGCUCUUACUAACGGUGGUGGUCCGGUCAACCAUUCCUACCUAACCAAUAAAGAUCUAAUGGUGAUACAGCAGAAGAUGUCUUUUGUCAGUGAGGAGUACACUAGUCUUGGGGACACACUGAAAAGCAGGGUCACCGAGUUAGAUCAUUUAGUUAAAGAAGUAAAAGAGGCUCAGAAAGAGACCUCUGAUAUGAUGAAGUGGCUCAAGGACAUGAAAAAAACUGCUGCUUCUUGGAACACUGCAGCCACAGAGAAAGAUACUGAAACACAACUGGAAAAUCAGAAGUCAUUUGAAGAGAACAUGAAGGAAAAAAGAGAGGAGCUGCAGAAGCUGAGGGGCAAGCUUCUCCAUUUGAUACAAACUCAUCCAAACUCUCCAGAGGCAGCUAAAUGGAAGCAAAUGCUGUCAGAAAUAGAUGCGGCAUGGGCAGAUAUUAGUGACUCUGUAGAGGAAAGGAAACAACAUCUGGAACAGUCCAACAAAAACCUGGACAUAUUCAAAACCACUGAGCAGCAGCUUUGUCAGUGGCUUUCAGAAAAAGAGAUGCUGAUGAGUGUCCUUGGGCCACUUUCCAUUGAUCCAAACAUGCUCAAAAUGCAAAAGCAGCAGGUUCAGAUUAUCCAGAAUGAGUUCAAGAGUCGUACUCCUCAAUAUGAGCAGCUUGAGAAAGCUGCCUCUUCCUUACUGAGCUCCAGCCAGGAUCCUCAGAAUGAGAAGCUUGUGAAUGAGCAGCUCAAGGUGGUCACUCAGAAGUGGCAGAGCCUCAGUGGACAGCUGGACUCCAGAGACAGUCUGAUAGACCAGGCCAUGGUCAAGACCGCACAGUUUCAGGAGCUACUGAGGAGUCUGAGCAACACCACCACAGAACUGGAAAACCAGCUCACCAAUCACCACAGUCAGAGCACCCAGCCUGAAGCACUGAAGAGGCACCUGGAGGAUGUGCAGAAGAUAUCCGCUCAGCUCAGAGAAGAGAAGAAGAAAGUGAAGGAGGCAGAGGCAGUCAGUGCUGAGCUCAAAACACUGGUCACUGAGGACUACUUGAGAGCAGAUUUGACCCGGCAGUUGGACAGUGUCACCAAGCCCUUCAAAAAUCUGGAGGAGAAAGCAGCUAAAUGUGUUGAUGAACUGAGUUCAACCUUUGCCAGUUCGCAGCAGUUCCAUCAGACAUCUAAGGACUUCCAGGCGUGGCUGGGUGAGACGCUCCAGAAAGAGUCUGAGCCUCAGUCCAUCUCAGCCAGGGUGGAGGUGCUCCAGCAGAGUCUGGAGGACCACAACAAGAAGCAAAAGACACUCAGUGAGCACGUGGAGGCCUACAGGACUAUUGUGGCCGAGGGAGAGAGGCUACUGCAGAGCGUGGAUGGUGCAGAAAAACUGGCACUGCAGGGGCAGCUGACUGCACUGUCUACUAACUGGGAAGAUGCGAAGAGGAGCCACACUGAACAAGCUGAGAAACUACAAACUGCUUUACAAAAAUCACUCAAGUUUAACGAAAAUGCUGAAAAACUAAACUCCUGGAUACAGGAGUCUGAAAACAGAGAGGCCAGAAUCAAACUAACUGUGGAUCCUGUUGAAGUAGAAAACUCAAUUUCACAAGUCAAAGCUUUGCAAAAAGAUGUUGAUAAGCACAGAGGACUGGUUGAACAGCUCAACACCGCAGCAGAGGGCCUUAUGGAGGUGGCUAAUGCUGAUACAGAAAUGAUCAAAGAGGAAAAGUCAAGUAUUGCUAAAAAAGUGGACAGUGUGGUUGAGGCAUUACAGAACAAGAAGGACACAUUAGAGCAGAUCUCACACAAAGUAAAGGAGUUUAAUGAUGGCUACAAAGAGGCCCAGUCACACCUUGAAGGAGCAAAAAAACAGAUGGAGACAUUUGAAUCACAGGGUGUCCAGGCGCAUAGUAACAAGAAUUUAGCCAACAUGAAAGCCCAGCACAAAAGUCUAACUGGAGUAGAAAACCAGGUUGAGCACAUCAAGGGUCUAGCCAAAGAUCUGGUGGUAGCUGUCCCAGAUGCGGAUGGUGUGACCGACCUCCUGCUGCAGAGUGACAGUAUAGAGAAGGAAUACAGCACUCUCAACAAAAAACUAGAGGAGACGUGCCAAGUACUGGAGGGUAAACUGCAGGGCAUUGGACAAUUUCAAAAUAAUAUCCGUGAAAUGUUUACCCGAUUCACUGAUUUAGAUGAUGAGUUAGACAACAUGGCUCCAGUUGAUUUGGACCUGGCUAAACUUAAAGAACAACAAAGCAAUAUAAGUGGUUUUAUCAGCAGACUCCAAGAGCUAAUGUCAAACACAUCUGAUGCUGUGGACAAAUGCAAAAAGAUGCUUGAGACUGAAGAUUCUCCUGAUCUGAUUGGACUCAAGAGAGAUUUGGAUGCCUUGAGUAAACAAUGUGGCAAACUGCAGGACAGAGCUAAGAGCAGAGAGACACAAGUGCAGAGUACACUUCAGAAUCUAGAGCAGCUGUAUGGAAAAAUCAAACAGGCAGAGCACAAACUCGACAAGGCCGCGCUCAAGGAAGAAUCCCAGGAUGCAGUUGGCAUGGAAACGGAGGUCAUCAAUCAGCAGCUGGAGGCAUUCAAGGCAUUCCAAAAAGAAGACAUUGACCCUUUGCAAGCACAGCUUCAAGAUAUCAACUCACUAGGCCAGAGUCUGAUCCAGAGUGCUGCAAAAGGCACCUGCACAAAGAAGUUAGAGGGAGAUUUGGAGGAUGUUAAUGGCAAAUGGAAUACUCUAAAUAAAAAGAUUGCUGAGCGCUCAGCCCAAUUGCAUGAAUCCCUGUUGCAUUGUGGAAGAUUUCAGGAUGCUCUGGAGUCUCUCCUUAGCUGGCUCACUGACACAGAAGAGCUGGUGGCCAAUCAGAAACCACCCUCUGCAGAGUUCAAAGUGGUUAAAGCACAGAUACAAGAGCAGAAACUCUUACAGAGACUGCUGGACGACCGUAAACCAACAGUGGAGCUUAUAAAGAAGGAGGGAGGCACACUUUCUGAACUGACAGAGGCUGUGGAGAAAGAAAAGGUUGCUAAAGAAAUUGAGUGCUUGGGGCAAAGGUGGGAUACUCUGCUCAAGAAGGCAGAAAACAGACAUAAGCAGCUAGAGAGCAUCCUGGUGGUCACUCAGCAGUUCCAUGAGACUCUGGAGCCACUCAGUGAGUGGCUUUGUGCCACUGAAAAACUCCUCUCACACUCUGAGCCCAUCGGCACAGAGACAUCCAAACUGGAGAAGCAGAUUUCCCAGCACAAGGCCUUAGAGGAGGAGAUCAUGAAACACAGUAAAGACUUGUUUCAGGCGGUCAAUCUGGGUCAGAUGUUAAAAACAGUGAGCUCUGUGGACGAUAAGGAGUUUGUUCAAAACAAACUGGAUACAGCCCAGUCUGGUUACAUAGAGCUCCAGGAGAGGUGUAGGAGAAAGGCCGAGAUGCUGCAGCAGGCCCUGUCCAACGCGCAGCUCUUUGGAGAAGACGAAGUGGCGCUCAUGAACUGGCUCAGUGAAGUGCACUCCAGAUUGAGUCAAGUCUCUGUUGAGGACUACAGGACAGACAUGCUCGAAAAACAACUCAAAGACCAAAGGAUGUUACAAAGUGAUAUUGAGCUGAGAAAGAAGAACGUGGACCAAGCCAUUUUUAAUGGGAUGGAGCUUCUGAAACAAACAACAGGUGAUGAGGUGGUUGUAAUUCAGGGCAAACUGGAUGGAAUUAAAACAAAGUAUGCCGAGAUCAACACAAUGAGUGACAAUGUACUCAAAACACUGGAAAAGGUCUUAGGUCUUUCGACACAACUGCACCAGACUCAUGCGGAUCUGAACAACUGGCUCGAAAAGGUUGAAGCUGAGAUUAAUGCAUUUUCUGGUGUCAGCGAUCAGCUCAGUGAUGUUCAGACUAGGAAAAAGGAUUUGUUGCAAGAGACUAAGAGCAACAAACCAGUGGUAGAUAAGAUGAAUGAGUUGAGUUGCUCCCUCCUGGAUCUGAUCCCCUGGCAUACUCGGGAAAGCCUGGACAAACUGGUCACUGAAGAUAAUGAGCGCUAUAAAAGUGUUUGUGAUGACAUCGGCCAACAAGUUGACCAGAUCAAUGCAGAUAUACUCAAAUCUCAGCAGUUUGAACAGUCGGCUGAUACUGAACUCGCUUGGCUGACUGAAGCGGAGAGGAAGUUACUGUGUGUAGAUGAGAUCAAACUGAUGCAGGACCAAACCACUGCACAGCUUCAAGCCCAGAAGAUGUUCUCUAUGGACAUCAUGAGACACAAAGAUGCUGUGGAUGACAUUGUGAGGACAGGAAAAGCUGUAAUGAACAACAGAAACCCAGAGGGAAAAGAAACAAUAAUGGCUAAGACACAAGCCCUCCUGGAGAAGUACGGUGUUGUCAGUCAGCUAAACUCUGAGCGCUGUCUGCAACUGGAGCGAGCCCAGUCUUUGGCUGCUCAGUUUUGGGAAACGUAUGAAGAGAUGUGGCCAUGGCUUCAGGAGACUCUAAAGGCAUUCAGUCAGCUGCCUCCACCCGCUAUUGAAUACGAGACACUUAAACAACAGCAAGAGGAGCUCAGACAAAUGCGAGAGUUGAUCGCUGAGCACAAGCCGCACAUUGACAAGAUGAAUAAGACGGGUCCCCAGAUGCUUGAACUGAGCCCAGAGGAGGGAGCCCACAUCAGAGAAAAGUACACCAUAGCAGACCAGCUCUAUACACAACUCAAGGCCGAUGUCAAACAGAGAGCUGCCACUUUAGAUGAAGCUAUCUCCAAAUCCACACAGUUCCAUGACAAGAUCGACCCCAUGCUUGAAUCUUUGGAGAGAAUUGCUGAGCGUCUGCGUCAGCCUCCAUCCAUCUCAGUGGAGGUAGACAAGAUUAAAGAGCAGAUAUCAGAAAACAAGUCUGUGUCAGUGGACCUAGAGAAACUUCAACCUUCAUAUGAGAUGCUGAAGCAAAGAGGAGAAGAGAUGGUGGCCCGGUCGGAAGGGGCAGACACAUAUACAUCUGCUAAAGUUGUGCAAGACAAACUGGACCAGAUGGUGUUCCUGUGGAAUGACAUCCAAGCUCUGGUGGAGGAGAGAGAGGCGAAGCUCUUGGAUGUGAUGGACCUGGCGGACAAGUUUUGGUGCGAUCACUGUGCUCUCAUAGUGACCAUCAAAGACAGCCAUGACUUGCUGAAGGAGCUGGAGGAGCCUGGAGUGGACCCUUCUGUAGUUAAGCAGCAGCAGGAAUUUGUGGAGGGCUUUAAGGAGGAGAUUGAUGGACUACAGGAGGAACUUGAUGCAGUUCAGAACCAGGGAGCUGAGCUGAUGGCUGCCUGUGGAGAGCCCGAUAAACCUGUUAUAAAGAAAAGCCUUGAUGAGGUGGCAUCAGCCUGGGAGAGUCUGAAUAAAACCUGGAAGGAGAGAGGGGACAGACUUGAAGAAGCCAUGCAGGCCGCUGUGCAGUUUCAGGAUGGGCUACAGGGAAUGUUUGACUGGGUUGAUAUUCUGGAAAACAAACUGGAUUCAAUGUCACCUGUUGGCACCGACCUGGAAACUGUCAAGCAGCAGAUUGUGGAGCUCAAGGAGUUCAAAGGAGAGGCGUACCAGCUGCAGAUAGAGAUGGAGCGCUUGAACCACCAGGCUGGACUACUGCUGAAGAAGGCCACAGAGGAGGCAGACCGCUGCGCCAUCCAGGAGCCCAUGUCUGAGCUCAAGAUGCUCUGGGACAAUCUGGAUGAGAAGACCAUCAGCAGACAACACAAACUGGAGGCAGGCCUGCUGGCACUGGGGCAGUUCCAACACGCUCUGGAUGAACUGUUGGCCUGGAUGAGCCACACAGAGGAGCUCCUCAAUGAACAAAAGAAGACUGGAGGAGACCCCAAAGCCAUGGAGAUAGAGCUUGCCAAACAUCAUGUUCUACAAAUAGAUGUUUUGGCUCAUCAAACCACUGUUGAGACUGUGAACAAAGCUGGUAAUGACUUGGUGGCCUCUAGCGCUGGAGAAGAGGCCUCUAGUCUGAAGAGCAAACUUGAGAACUUGAACCUUAGGUGGAAAGCCAUCCUCGAGAAGACUGAGCAGAGAAAACAGCAACUAGAAAGUGCUCUGCUCCAGGCUCAAGGUUUCCAUGGAGAGAUAGAAGAUAUGCAGCAGUGGCUCAAAGACACCGAGCGUCAGCUGUUGGCAUCAAAGGCAGUGGGAGGCUUACCAGACACGGCCCGGGAGCAGCUUAACGCCCAUCUGGAGCUGUGUUCUGCCUUUGAGGCAAAGGAGGAGCUGUACCAGGAGCUCAUCAACAAGGGUCAACAGCUCCUGUCUGUGAUGCCUGAGGGCCCAGACAGCAACACAGAGCAAGACCUCACCAAUCUGAUGGAGAAAUGGGAAACUGUGAAGGCUAAGAUCGCAGACAGAAAGGUUAAACUGGAGGAGGCUUUGACUCUGGCCACAGAUUUCCACAACUCACUGCAGGAUUUCAUAAACUGGCUAACCCAGGGCGAACAGACACUAAACAUGGUGUCACCAGCUUCACUCAUUUUAGAGACCAUACUGUUUCAGAUCGAUGAACAUAAGAUCUUUAUAACAGAGGUAAACGCACAUAGGGAGCACAUAAUUGAACUGGACAAAACCGGGACACAGCUGAAAUAUUUUAGUCAGAAACAAGAUGUAGUUCUUAUUAAAAACCUGCUGAUCAGUGUGCAAGGCCGCUGGGAAAAACUAGUCCAGAGGUCUGUGGAGAGAGGUCGGCUGCUGGACGAUGCAAAGAAAAGGGCAAAACAGUUUCAUGAAAGCUGGAACAAGCUGAUGGAGUGGUUGGAUGAGUCUGAGAGGAGCCUGGACUCAGAGGUGGAAAUUGCGAAUGAACCAGACAAAAUCAAGAUUCAACUGGCCCAGCACAAGGAGUUUCAAAAAGCUCUGGGCAGCAAACACUCUGUUUAUGACACCACAUCACGAACAGGCCGGGCCCUAAAGGACAAGACCUCCCUUCAGGAUGACCAUCAGAAACUGGACGACAUGCUGAGUGAACUCAGAGACAAGUGGGACACUGUCUGUGGGAAGUCCGUUGAGAGACAAAACAAGCUGGAGGAGGCCCUAUUGUUCUCGGGACAGUUCACAGAUGCGCUGCAAGCCCUCAUUGACUGGCUGUACAGAGUGGAGCCUCAGCUGGCUGAAGACCAGCCAGUUCAUGGAGACAUUGACCUUGUUCUAAACCUGAUAGACAACCACAAGGUUUUCCAGAAGGAGAUGGGGAAGAGGACAGUUGGUGUUCAGGCACUUAAGCGUUCAGCUCGGGAGUUGGUGGACAACAGCCACGAUGACACCUCAUGGGUCAAAGUUCAGAUGCAGGAGCUGAGUACGCGCUGGGACAGUGUGUGUAACCUGUCUGUGUCUAAGCAGGCCCGCCUGGAGCAGGCUCUGUGUCAGGCUGAAGAGUUCCACUCAUCAGUCCACAUCUUGCUGGAGUGGCUGGCUGAAGCUGAGCAGAGUCUGCGCUUUCACGGCACUUUACCUGAUGACGAAGAAGCACUGAAAACACUUAUUGAGCAGCAUAAGGACUUUAUGAAAAAACUGGAGGAAAAGAGAGUGUCCCUCAACAAAGCCACAGCAAUGGGAGAAGCUAUUCUGAGCAUUUGCCAUCCCGACUCUAUCACAACUGUCAAACACUGGAACACCAUCAUCAAAGCUCGAUUUGAAGAGGUGCAAGCCUGGAGCAGACAGUACCAGCAGAGACUGGCCACAGCUCUGACCGAGCUAUUAGCCACUAUGGAUCUGUUGGACAAACUGCUAAUGUGGCUGCAAUGGGCAGAAACCAACCUCGACGAUAAAGACAAAGAAACACUUCCAGAGGAGAUAGAGGAGAUAAAAAAGCUCAUCGCAGAACAUCAAGCAUUCAUGGAGGAAAUGACAAGGAAGCAACCAGACGUGGAUAAAAUUACAAAGACACACAAGAGGAAGCCUACCAUAGAGCCUCAUGUCCAGUCACAUAUCCCAGUGCUGGAAAAGGGAAGAACAGGAAGAAAACGCUCUCCCACACAAACAAUGUAUACAGCAGCCACACAGGCUCCUAUAGAGACCAAGAACCCACAGGUGAACCUACUGGUCAGCAAGUGGCAGCAUGUCUGGCUACUGGCUUUAGAUCGGAGAAGGAAACUAAAUGAUGCUUUGGACAGACAAGAGGAGCUGAAAGAAUUUGCCAACUUUGACUUUGAUGUGUGGAGGAAGCGCUACAUGCGGUGGAUGAACCACAAAAAAUCCCGAGUCAUGGAUUUCUUCCGCCGUAUGGACAAAGACCAGGACGGCAAAGUGACACGACAAGAGUUCAUCGAGGGCAUCCUGUCCUCCAAAUUCCCAACCAGCCGACUGGAGAUGAGUGCUGUGGCCGACAUAUUCGAUAGAGAUGGGGAUGGUUAUAUAGACUACUAUGAAUUUGUGGCAGCUCUACAUCCCAACAAAGAUGCUUACAAGCCCUUAACUGAUGCAGACAAAAUUGAAGAUGAGGUCACACGGCAAGUUGCAAAAUGCAAAUGUCCGAAACGUUUCCAAGUGGAACAAAUUGGAGCCAACAAAUAUCGAUUUUACCUUGGAAACCAGUUUGGGGAUUCCCAGCAGCUGCGUCUGGUGCGUAUCCUGCGCAGCACAGUCAUGGUUCGGGUUGGAGGAGGAUGGAUGGCUCUGGAUGAGUUCCUUGUCAAAAAUGAUCCUUGCAGAGCUAAAGGCCGGACUAACAUUGAGCUGCGAGAAAAGUUCAUCCUCCCUGAAGGCACCACUCAGGUCAUGGCCAGUUUCCGCUACAGAGGUCGUAGGUCACGGCCAUCCUCCAGAGGCGCGUCACCAAACAGGUCUAUGUCCAGUCAGAGCUGUCCCGCUCACCAGCCUGUGCCCGUGACAGGGACACCCAAGACUCCCCAACAAAUAACCCGCAAUUAUGAUAAGCCAUGGCUUACAAACAGCAAACCCUCCACUCCUCUUAAAUCAUCCGACUCCUCUGGGAGUUCACCUGCAGAGAGUGCUCUAGUUCAAGGCAGCAAGUUGCGCCUUCCUGGAUACUUGUCGGGGAAAGGAUUCCAGUCCAGUGAAGAGGGAACUCUGAUCAAUGCUGCUGUGCUGAAGGCUCGCGCCCAGACUGCAGGCGAGUCAAAGAGAAACCUGAGCAGACCUGGAAGUAAAGCCGGGAGCAGAGGCAGCAGUCGCAGAGGAAGCGACGCAUCAGACUUUGACAUCUCAGAUAUUCAGUCCGUGUGUUCAGAUGCUUCUGAGACUGUGGGCGACACAAGCCGGGCAACGCCCAGAUGUACCCCUCGCCAACAGGGAGCGAAACCCUCCAAAAUCCCCACGCCUCAGAAGAGAAGCACUCCAACUAGUAAACUGGCAAAGGCCUCAAAACGAUAGGCCUUAAAAUGAAUGAAAGACGUUAGCUGCAUCCAAACAUGAGACAGACACUGGAAACACCAGAUACUUAAAGACUGCAAAUGUGUUGAGUGUUAUUUAAACUGUUGCAAAAGAUGUAAAUUAUUCUGUUAAGAGGCAAUAUGUUUUAAUAUUAAGUGCGAAUGAUUAUGGCCUUGAUUAUUGGUUUGUAUUUAUUUUUUAUUUUUGUGAAAAAGUCAGAUUGUUUUUAAGGUAUUUUAUUGAAGCAAAACCUGUGCAGGUUUGAUGAAUACUAGAAAACUAAACUAUUGUUUGUACACUAAUAAUGAAGGUAAUGUGAGAUAGUGCUCUGAGAGUUACUGAAUGUACUGUAUUUAUGUAUUUGCUCAUAUGUGACUGAGUGGUGCACUAUUCAACCAUUCAAGGCAUCGCAGUUAACUAUUUAAGUGCUAUGCUAAACUGCCAACAUGCAUUCACGACAAUGCAAUAUAACUUGAGCACUGCAAAAAACUUGUACUCUGUCUAGUUAAACCAAGUAGCAUAACCCCUUAUCACAGCGCUUCAUCUCUGCAGCCCUGUUCAGUUUGACCACUUCAGCCUGUGCAUUCACCUAAAGACGACACUUUAUGUAAACAUUCUUUGUGCAUCCAUUUGUCAGUGUAUUUUUAAUUUCGGUAGAACUGAAAUUGUUCUUGUAAAAUUAAUUUGUAAUAAAUUGCUUGCACCAAGCUACCACUGAAA